ACAAAAAAUGAACGCCGAGCCACAUGACUUCCGUGAUCACAAAGCGCAUAUAAAAUGGACUCAAGAACGAGAAGCUUAUCGUGCAAGUAUUCCAUUGAUCCCACAAGAUAUGUCUGGCGGUUCUCGUGGUCAAACAGCUUCUACAACAGCUCUCCAGAAGGCACUCAAUAAUCCACUUGUACCUCUUGGAAUGCUUGCCACUACUGGAUGCCUUAUUGGAAUGAUGGUUGCCACAUUGCGUCGAAGUUCCCGUGGUGCUCAAUACUUCAUGCGUGGACGUGUAGUUGCUCAAGGAUUCACUGUCGCUGCUCUUGUGGGAGGAGCUGUGAUGUUUGGAAUCGGUGCACCCACAGAAGCGGCUCUGCGAGCUCCUGGGAAGGGUCAAGCUAAUAUUGUUUCACUGACUCCGCCGCCAGCGGUUCCUCAGAAUAAUUCUGCUUAACUUUUGAUUCAUAAAAUGUUCUAGUUCUCGUCUGUUCUAAAAUAUCAUAACUAUACUAGACAGACCAUGUAUGUAGAUUUUGAGGAAAUCAUCAAAAUAAAUUUCCCAAAAAGUGAAAUACAAUUUUGAUUCUAAUGAAGAUGAAGAUGUGUU